GUACUACUUGGUACUUCAACCUUCAUCGUCACACCACUAGAACUGAUAAGUUUCAUUCUGCUUCAAACAUCUUUGCCCUCUUAAUUCUCACGCCACCGCCAGCCACCGUCUCCUCCGCCAUCGAUUCAACAUUCCCCGGCCAAAUUCAAACACUCUCUCUGAUCCACUGCCGCUUCCGGCGUCUCAUCACCACACUCACAGCUUCAUUGGUAUGGUUUUCCUUUUCAUGCUUUCUCAUUAGCGAUGUUGCGAAGAAGAACCACCUAUGUUGAUUUCUUCCCCCUCUUUCAACACCUUCUUCACCACCCAUCAUCAUCGCUUUCCCCUCGCUAUUCAUCUUCCACGCCGAAGCGAAGAGAGUUAUUGAGUUCCAUGAGAGAUCUCAAAACUGUCGAUGCUGCUGUCGAUUUCUUCAACAAAAUGGCAGCAAUCAAUCCUUUCCCCAAUAUCAAAGAAUUCACCGUUUUGAUCAACCUCGUUGUGAAAAUGAAACACUACACCACUGCCAUUUCCUUAGUCAAACGCAUGCAUUCACUGGGUAUCGAAGCUGAUUCGUUUACCUUCACCAUUGUCAUCAAUUGUCUGUGUCGAUUGAGCCGCACCGAUUUAGGGUUUUGUGUUUUAGGGCUUAUGUUCAAAAUGGGGUUGGAACCUGAUAUUGUGACUCUUACUACCAUUGUUAACGGGCUUUGCGCGGAAGGGAAUGUGGAACAAGCAUUAGGGUUAGCUAUGCGUAUGGAUGAGAUGGGGUAUCGAUGUAAUAGUUACACCCACGGAGCGAUAAUUAAUGGGUUGUGUAAGGUUGGGAAUACAUCUGCUGCUAUUGGGUAUUUCAAGAAGGUGGAAGGAAGAGGUUUUAAAUUCGAUGUGCCGGUUUACACUGCGAUUAUGGAUAGUCUUUGCAAAGAUGGGUUGGUGAAUGAGGCUUUGGGUUUGUGGUCAGAAAUGACUGGGAAAGGUAUUCAGCCUGAUGUUGUCACCUACAAUUGCUUAACUAGAGGACUUUUUCAUUGUAGUAGAGGGAAAGAUGCUGUAAUUCUACUGGAUCAGAUGUUGAAAAAGGGAAUCAUGCCUGAUGUGCACACGUUCUCGGCUAUAGUUGACAAUUAUUGCAAAGAAGGGAUGAUUGCAAGGGCUGAAAGGUUAAUGGGUUUCAUGGCUCGUGUUGGGGUGGAGCCUAAUGUUUUCACCUAUAAUUCAUUGAUUAAUGCUCAUUGCUUGCAAGAUCAAAUGCAGGAUGCCAUGAAAGUUUAUGAUAGCAUGAUUUACAAGGGUUGCUUGCCAAGCACUGUAACUUACAAUACAUUAAUCCACGGGUGGUGUAAGAUUAAGAAAAUGGAUAAGGCUAUGUCUCUUUUGGGUGAGAUGGUUAAUAAAGGAUUAACUCCGGACAUUUGCACUUGGAAUGCUCUUGUUGGUGGAUUUUGCAAAGCUGGGAUGCCUCUAGCUGCAAAAGAAUUGAUUUCUACAAUGCAAAAGCAUGGCCAACUUCCCGAUCGCAUAACUUAUGCCAUUAUAUUGGAUGGACUAUUUAAAUGUCAUUUUUAUCCCGAGGCAGUAUCAUUGUAUAGGGAAUUGGAAAAGAUGAAUUUGGAUCGCCAUAUUACAAUUUAUAGUAUUAUGCUUGACGGGUUGUGCAGUUAUGGAAGACUGAAAGAUGCACGGGAAUUCUUUUCUGGUCUGCAAGCUAAAGGGUUGAAAAUUGAUGUUUUUACUUAUACCAUAAUGGUUCAAGGUCUAUGUAGAGAAGGAUUAUUGGAUGAUGCAGAACAGUUACUGAUGGAUAUGGAAGAGAAGGGCUGUCCCCCUAAUGAUUGUACUUAUAAUCUUUUUGUACAAGGAUUGCUGCGAAGAGGUGAUAUUUCACGGUCGGAAAAAUACCUUCAACUAAUGAAAGGCAAAGGAUUUUCUGCGGAUGCUACCACCACAGAAUUGCUUAUCAACUUCUUCUCUGGUAAUAAAGCAGAUAAUACAUUUUAAGAGUUCUUGCAGAAAUUUGAUGGAGUAUAAUCUCAAUGUAUUCAAAAUCUCAAUUUUUUUGAGGACCAAGCUGUUGGUAGAGUCGGACUCUAAAUACACCAGGUUUUGGUAUUUAUCUUCUACCAUUUCUUUGCUUUGCUUGAUUUUAAUCAUCCAAUAAACAAUGUUUGGAUUUUAGGAUGUGUAAUUUUAGUUAGAUACAUUAUAGACAAAUUAUCCCAAAAAUUCUCACCUAUUUGAUUUUCUAAUUCUUAGUACUUCUCAGUUCCUCUUUGUUUUAGGUUUCAUCAACAGAAAAUUCAUGUCCAAGGUUUAGCUAUAUAUUUUCAGCUGCCAAUUUAGGUCCUUUUUUAAUUAAUUGUUUCUUCAAGGUAGAGAACAGAGAAAAGCAUGGGAACAAGUGAACAACAUCAUUUGAAAAGGUAUCAGACUGAGUAGUAGUGGAGAAUAUUUAAUUUAGAGAUAUGGUAGGAAGGAUGGGUGGUGAAGCUCAUUGUGGCUCUUUCUAGUUAGAGGAAAUUAUUGGGAUGGUUCAGAUCCCAUCUGAAAGAAAAGGAAAUACAGAACAAAGAAAAGGAGUAUCAUGGUACAUAUACUCUUCUUUUACAUCAUUAGUUCAGGUGACAUUCAGUUGUGAUUGCUCGUAAUUGAACAAUUUGGACCAUAUACAAUUGAUAACAGUGAAAAAACAAUCUAAUCCAUUUGUUUUGAAGUUAAUUUAUCUAUGAAUUUGAUUUGCCAGUUGAGAGUUGUUUACGGCAGAGGGCAGACAUAGCAAAAUUAGACAAAGAGUUAUUUAUUCUAAUUAGCAACAGCACAGUUCUUUCGGGGGCUAUCUUCCAGGUAUUAAGUGGAGCCCUGGAAUGGAUGGGGAAAUUCUCCUGCAAGCUUCUGGUUUCAUUAGAAACAUCAGCAUUCUCAUGCUUUAGGAGGAUAACAUCAGCUAAGGGAUGCCUGUGCUAAUCCAAGAAAAGCGGCAACAUGGGAUCCACUGAUUAGUAGAAUGAAGAAGAGAUUAGCUUCUUGGAAACAAAAAUCAUUGUCAUUUUGGUGGAGAAUCUGCCUAAUGAAGAGUGUGUUGCCUAAUUAAAAUGAUUCAGAAAGAUUUUCUUUGGGGAGGGAGGGAAAAAAUAGCAUGGGUAAAAUAGGAGGUGUGUAGAUCCUAGCAAGAGGGGGGGGGGGGGAAUCAAAGUUUUGGGGAAGUGGAGGUGUAGGCUUUUGAGGGAGCAAGGAAGCUUGUGGAGUAGGGUUCUAAAAGCUCAAGUAUGGGGUGUUUAAGGAGAAUGGCAAUGAAAUGGAGUUCGACAAGGAUUCUGUUUGGUGACGGGACUUAGGGAAGGGUUGUGGGGGUAUGAGAGGAUGGUUUGAGGAGAAUAUGAGCAGAAAACUGGGUAAUGGAAGUCAGGUUCUGUUCUGGCAGGAUAAGUGGGUGGGAGAAGAAGGAAGUUUAAAAACAAGAACGAUAUCAUAGGCUGUUUGUUGUUUCUGUACAGCAGCAGUGUUCUGUGGAAGAAAUGGGGAAGUGGGUAGAAGGAGGGUGGGAAUGAAAGUUUAAGUGGACGAGAGAAGUUUUGGCAUAGGAAAAUCAAAUGUUGAAAAAACUGAUGCAGGAUAUUGGCUUCCAGCUAGACAAAAUAAUGGCUUAUAAUGGCUUAUUUAGAAGCUUGUGGAAGGUUUCGGGGCCAUCUAAUGUAUUAGCAUUUGUUUGGCGGGUCUUUCUGGAUAGGACCAAACUAGAGAGAAUUUAAGGAAAAAUAUUAUUGUUCAAACAGAACCAGGUUGUAUUUCCUGUCUAUCUCAAGAAGGGGAGGAGACUUCAAGUCAUCUUUUACUUUCCUGCAAGGUUGAUAUGGCUGUUUGGUUGGAAUGCUAUGACUGGGUGAGAUUGGCUACUGUACUGCCCAUACAAUGCAAGGCUCAUUUCCAACAACAUGGCCAUGGGUUAUUCAAAG